AUGCCUGGAUUCGGAGACUUUACGAGCCUGUGCCAGAUGGCACCGUUGCCGCUAUGUUCCAACGUCGGAAAAGUCAACAAUAUAGUUGGGAUUGAACCCAACUGCUACGCACGCAGUAUUGAGUUGGCAAACACAAUCAUCUUCCAGGGUGCGACGAGCGCCAUGCACAUUGUUGCGCUCUGCAUGACCGUUGUUAUGGUUCUGCACGUCCGUGGAAAGUUUACUGCUGUUGGCAGAAAGGAGAUUCUCAACUUCUUCUACUUUUACAUGCUUCUGACUUUUAUCUCGCUCUGUGUCGAUGCUGGUGUGGUGCCACCCGGCUCAGGGCCGUACCCGUACUUCGUCUCGGUUCAGAAUGGUCUCACGUCGUCGCUCGUUACAUGCCUGCUCAUCAAUGGUUUUGUUGGUUUUCAACUGUACGAGGAUGGCACGCCGUUGUCGUUGUGGAUGAUGCGUAUCUGCUCGAUCGUUGCUUUUGCCAUCACCUUCCUCGUGUCUCUCGCGACCUUCAAGAGCUGGGUUGGCUUGAGCCCCACUAACACCAUUGGGAUGUUCGUGGUUUUAUAUCUCCUCAAUGCCGUGCAACUCUUUGUCUACAUCGUACUGCAGAUUAUGCUUGUGGUGCGCACCCUCCAUGAACGCUGGCCUCUUGGAGACAUCGCUUUCGGCGUCUUUUUCUUCGUUCUCGGACAGGUCAUCCUGUAUGCUUUGAGCACGCCGAUAUGUGAGGCUGUUAGCCACUACAUGGAUGGAUUGUUCUUCGCGACGACUUGCAAUCUGUUGGGUGUUAUGAUGGUUUACAAGUACUGGGAUUCCAUCACAAAGGAAGACCUCGAGUUCUCAGUUGGGACUAGAAUGAACAACUGGGAGGUUAAGGAACUGCUGCCAGAGGAAGAGAGGAGGCAGACCAUCUACAACGAAGACCCGUACGGCCAAUCUAGUGGGUAUGACCAUCCUUACUCGCCCAACACUGCGGCGCGCCCUUAUUCGAAAUAUUAG